CCGAAGGCUCCGCCACAGCUGCCACUUGACAUCAUCUACAACAUUGGCCUUCAGCUCACCUUGGAUCCCAGGAAUAGCCUUGAGACUCUCCAUGGGCCUUGUUUUCUACCGACGAACCACAACAAGGAUCUCCGCGCACUCACAUACGCCUCGAGAGCCAACAGGGACCUCUUGGAGCCCCUGCUCUACCGUCAUGUUGUCCUAAUGAAGCCGCAAGAGGUGUGCAAGUUCUUCGUCACCAUUGCCGAUGCCCCGCGCCUCCGCCAGUACGUCCAGCACUUUGGCUGCGUUGCCCGCCUCAACGGACCGCAAGUACGAAAGGACGCGCUCCCGGAAUGUCGAGCCUUUUGGCAGAAGCGUCAUGGUUCUCAAAGAUCGGGGAUAAUCAGCCUGCUCAGCGGUCUUGGCCUGUCCAACCUGGCCUGGGCUGCUCAGCUGUGGGAGAGGAGGAAGGACCGCUUCGUCUUCAACGCCGACUUUCGCCACGACGCCGUUCUUGAGCUGUUGUUUGUGACCACCCUCAUUUUGUUGACAAAUGUUCAGACAUUUGUCUGGAAGGAUUUGGAUGGCAGGCCCGUCGCGCCCUUGUUGACCUACCUCUUUGAUGCGGCACACAUGACGGGUUAUCAACUGAUGCCCAAGCUCAAGGUCUUGAACACCUGGAAGGAGACCAUUGCCGUGGACGAGCGAGCACAGUUCUUCAUCUACAAGACUCAUCUUUGGGAGAACCUGGAGACGCUCUACCUGAACGCUGUCGACCUUGACAACGAGUUCACUGAUAUGGUUGUCAAGGGUGACUUCAAGAAGGACCUACCACUCAAGAAGCUCUACAUCCAUUGCCCAUCUGGUGCCGAGCACCUUUUCCACCCUGGAAUGUACCAUCCAGGACACACCAUUUUGAGCAACUCGGCUUUGGACGCAGUCGAUCCUGACAAUGACAAGAGCAAGUUCUUGGCUUUCCGCAACCUUGAGUUCCUCGAGAUCCGCUUUACCUGGUUCGAAACCCGUGCCCUCGAAGGUUCUCGCGCCUUAAAGUCCCUUUUGCACGCCGUCGGUGCCCCAGAACGCCUCAGCCUCACCGGUCACCCCCUGCCCAUGAAGGCCCUGUCCACGGGUGUCAUACACUCGCGGCUCAAGUACCUCAAGGUGAAGGAGCUCAUCAGGAACGCCCCGUCCAGCGUGCGCUCCAAGGACACCCUCAUCGCGAAUCUUAACAGUCUCUGGGACAAAGACUGGAAGCGUCUCGUCCCGAACCUGUGCGAGAUCGACUGGGAUCACUACAAGUUCAGAAGAAAGGACCUCGAAGGGGAGGACAAGGCAGUCUGGACCCUGGAGGACGAGGAGGAGUGGGAGGAUGAUGACAUGGAUGAGUUUGACAUUGACAAC